ACUUCUACAAGUCCUUGAAACGAAUCCUGGAAAUCUUCCGUUGUCCAGAAGAAGAGACAUAUAUAACAGGAGUUACGUCUGCCAUCAAACUAAUCAUGACGAUCAUACCAGCUGCCGAGGUACCAACGGUAUCGCUUCUCUACCGCAUCAACAAGCUCGCGCCUCCUGCUGCCCCCGCCACCGCAACCCCGAAACCCUUCAAACCAUUCAAUGAUCGCAUCGGGCUUUAUCGAGGAGAUAUCACAAAGCUUCAAAUUGAUGCCAUUGUCAAUGCUGCUAAUAACUCGUUGCUUGGCGGAGGGGGAGUUGAUGGUGCUAUCCAUCGAGCUGCCGGCUCCGGGUUGUUGAGGGAGUGUCGUCAAUUGAGGGGUUGUGACACUGGCUCAGCCAAGAUCACAGGGGCUUACAAUCUACCAUGCAAAAAGGUUAUUCACGCUGUCGGCCCAAUCUACGAUUCAAAUCUCGUAAAGGAGUGCGAGGAGGAUUUGGCUGGGUGCUACAGUACAAGUUUGAAACUAGCUGUUGAGAACGAGUGCAAGAGCAUUGCCUUCAGUGCCUUGAGCACCGGGGUUUAUGGCUAUCCCAGUAAUGAUGCGGCACCGGUUGCUAUCCGAACAGUAAAGGAGUUCCUUGAGGGUGGGGAUGGUGAUAAGUUGGAUAAAGUGGUGUUUUGCACCUUUACACAGAAGGAUGUGGACGCAUACAACCAUUGGCUGCCGCAUUUUUUUCCACCAACUGAGUCUGAAGCCGAAGAGUGGGAGACCGUUAAAGGAGGGGAAUCUGCAGAGAAUGGAGCUCCAGAGAGCAAAGGAGACACAAAGGUAGAGUAUGAAGAAAAUGCCAAAAAGACAGAAGUUAACGACCAUACAAGCAAAGUGGAGGUUGAGGGGGAUAAAAGGAAAGUUGAAGUGCCUGAUAUUCCCACUGCGGAGCCCGAUGACGAAGGUCCAGCGACGAAGAAGCUAAAAUCACAGGAAGGAGAAGAGCGGUGAGUUAAAAUAACACUUUCGAGCUAUGGAGUUGGCGGUGAACAUUCUAGGCAAAUAGGAAACAAGUGAAUAUAAUUAGGAAAAGAAAGAGAUGAAUGAAAAAAGGCCUCCUAGCUGUGUAUUGAAACGCAAAUGAAUACCUUAAGGAAAGGAACUACUUGAUUCUGGG